AAAUUUGCCUCGUGUCUCCUAUGUAAAAGCAAUUGAUGUUUGGAUGCUUGUUUCAAUGUCCUUUGUUUUUUGCAGUUUAUUAGAAUUGGCAAUUGUCGGGUUUAAAGUUAGGGAAAAAAGUGGAGGAUCGAAAAAGAAUAGUGGAAUUAAUGGUAAAUUUAAAAGAAAUAUUCUUUGGAAAAUAUACUAA